ACGUUAGCCAAUUUCUACCAAACUGUGAUCGACAGAGUCUACGAUUCAACAGUGAAAUUACGUACCUUGUGCAAAAUGAUGGCCUUCUUCAAGUCUAUUGCUGUAGUAGCACUAGCUGCUCAGAGUGUCUCAGGCCAUUACAUAUUUCAAGCUCUUGCGAAAGGCGCCAACACUAAAGGCACGCCUUAUCAGUAUGUGCGUCACAAUACUAAUAUGAACUCUCCUGUAACUGAUCUCUCGUCAAAUGACCUUCGGUGUAAUGCCGGAGGUGCCACCGGGGGGAGCACCAGUACUUUGGCAUUGAAUGCUGGCGACACAUUCACUUUUAGUCUUGACCAGGCUGUAUAUCAUCAGGGUCCAGUCUCGCUCUACAUGUCAAAGGCCCCUAGCACUGCUGCUGCUGCGGACGGAAGCGGAGAUUGGUUCAAGAUUUAUGAUUGGGGCCCGAACUUCUCCGGCGGCCAAGCGCAAUGGACUAUGACAGGCACAUACACUGGCACGAUCCCCAGAUGCAUCCCCAGCGGCGAGUACCUUCUACGUAUCCAGUCGCUAGCAAUUCAUAACCCUGGAGCCACUCCGCAGUGGUAUGUCAGCUGUGGCCAGAUCAAAGUUUCUGGAGGCGGCAGUACAAACCCCUCACCAACGGUCAAGAUUCCCGGCGCCUUCAAGGCCUCAGACCCCGGUUACACCGCAAACAUUUACAACAACUUCCGCAGCUACACAGUGCCAGGUCCCGCCGUCUUUACUUGCUAGGUACAUGACGGUUGCCAUUGUGUCGGAGAUGAUAAGCCAUAAUGUGUGUUCAUGAUAGCCUGGGAUACAUGAUUUGCAUCAUGACGCUUUAACGACCGUAGUGUAUGUAUCCGUUGCGUAAAACGCAAGAAUAUCUGAAUGAAAUCACUCUUUAGAAUAUCACAGCGGCUGAUAAUAGA